AUGGGGACGAUUAAUCAUCCACUUGUACUCACCUCGUUUGUUUUUUUCGAAAUAUGCCCAAAUAUCAUCAGGUUGGAAAAACUGAUUGGUUGGCUUGAAGAUGUUAAAAAGAUUCGAUCACUUACAUGGAAAUUGGUAUCCAAAAGUUUUCAGGUAUCUUUUGGUCUCGGAGUUUACGUUGGUAUCUAUCUGGAUCAAAACCGUCAAAUUCAACUACUCUCUUCACCGAAAGAGUUAUUUAAUCGCUUUUUGGACGAGGCUGAUCAUUUCCUAACUGGUGUUCGUGGAGAAAGUACGAGUGAGCGGGAUCAAGUGAGAAAGAUGGAAGACGAUUUCUUCAAGGACGUGGAGGAUUGGUUCAAGCCGAAGAAGCGUUUUCCAUAA